AAGGCCUCGUUGCUGCAUGACGGGGUUCGUUGAGACAUGUGCAAGAAUUGAGAAUCGCGGAAGAAAAGAUUCCACGACGGUGAAAACUGUGAUUUUAACAUUCGGACGUGAGCUUGUUGAUCCUUGAGUUGCAGGCACGCGCGCACGCAGGGAGGCAGGGCAGGCGAGCGGCAGCGAGGAAGGAAGGUGGUCGGCACGCCAGCGCUGAAAUAUGGCCCAUGGACGUGCAGCCAGAGUGGUUUCUAAAGUAGCGCAUCAUGGAGCGAAGCAAGUCAAGACCAAUGUUCCCAUGGAAUGUGUUAUUGGAAUCUGCCUCGGCCUUUUGAUUUCGACGAGCGCUUGGAAGAUGAACACCGUCAAUUAUCAAAGAAAAGUCGUCAAUUUUUAUAACAUGUACGACAAGGGAGAAAUAAGCAUCGAAGGUGAAGAUUGAAUUUGUGAGGAAGACUGCGUUUUGUUGACAGCAUCAAUGUGCCAGAGCUCGGGGCUUCUUGUUUCAGAGCCUAAACUGGCUAUGCCCCUUGUGUACAUUGCCAAGAUUCACUCCCGACCAUCGUUGGGGCUUUGCGAAAUUGAACGCUCGAACUCAUACUCAAGUCUAUAUAUGAUGGAAGUCAGCCAAGCAUCAAAUAGGAACUGGAAAUUUAGGUUCACAAUCGGUUGACUGGCUCUUGUAAUGAAAAUUGCAACAGUUUCUUUGGACUUAUUUAUGGCUUAUUUCGCC